AUGCAGAGGACACCGGCGGUCUCACCAAAUGACACCAGGACGAGCGCCUGGCUGGGCCUCCGAUCCGGCCCGGCGGCUGCUUCGCGGCCCUUCACCCGCUCGCUGUGGGUCCUCCGCGGGGACAGCCAAGGCUCCGGCGGGCUCCUGCGCGGCUCGCCCUCCGUCUCCUGCUCCUGCGGAGGCCUCCACACCGAAGGCGAUAAAGCUUUUGCAGAAUUCCUGACCGAUGAAAUCAAAGAAGAGAAGAAAAUCCAGAAACACAAAUCUCUCCCUAAAAUGUCUGGAGGUUGGGAGCUGGAAGUUCACGGGACGGAGGCCAAGCUUACACGGAAAGUGGCAGGAGAAACGAUCACCGUGUCCUUCAACAUCAACAACAGCAUCCCGCCCAGCUUUGACGAGUCCACGGAAGAGCAGAAACCCGAUGAGCAAGAGCCGGAACUCACCUCCACUCCAAACUUUAUCGUGGAAGUAACGAAAGAUGACACGAAGCAGACACUCGUGCUGGACUGCCACUACCCAGAAGAUGAGGUUGGCCACGGCGAGGAGGAACAAGAAUCCGACAUUUUCUCCAUCCGGGAGGUCAGCUUCCAGCCGACUGGAGAAACCGAGUGGGAGGAGAAUCGUUACACCCUCAACACCGAUUCUUUGGAUUGGGCUCUCUACGACCACCUCAUGGAUUUCCUGGCCGACCGAGGGGUGGAUAAUACCUUUGCCGACGAGCUGGUGGAACUCAGCACGGGGUUGGAGCAUCAAGAAUACAUUCGCUUCCUCGAAGACCUGAAGCGUUUUGUCAAAUGCCAGUAAGGUCCUGCCACAGGACCGGCCACGGGCAGUGGUGGUCAUUCCCCCCCACACACGCGCUUUUUCUGAUCGAAAGCUGGACUCUUGUUUUAGGUCUUCCCCCCCACCUUCCAAGGCAACAAGAGAGAGCGUUGAAACUUCACAGUGGGGAUUAAGUACACAUGAUGGGAUAAGAGAGAAUCCGUUUCCUCGAGAACCUGUUGAGGCAGCCGUUUGUGUUGAUGUCGUUUUGGGCCAGAAUCAUGUUCGCUGACACGGUUGUGUCCAUGCGGCCACGUCAGCGUCUCUGGGCCGCUGGAGGGGGGGGAGCUUUUCCUUCGUGCGGCUGGUUGCCCGCUCGCGGUGAGAUCAGCCGUACGAAGUUGGGGGAAAAAGACCUUUCAGAUUGUUCCCGCUUGUGGUGUUUCUCUCCGUCAGAUUUUGGCCUCGUUCUUUUUUUUUAGUCUGUGGAACAUCGUGGCUGCCUCUGGUUUUGGGGAGUGGAAAUAGGUGUGUGUGUUUGGCAGGGUUUGGUUACAAUUUAGGAACGAAGGGAAUUAAGUGAGAAUAAAACUUUUUGACUGCUUGA